AGAUUAAAGAUUACAGAGUCUUAUUUUAAAAAGAGUUUAUUUGCAGUGUUUGAUUCAGAAACAGAGCAGUCUCUGCAGUGUUAAACUCAUUAACUCAUACUGACAGACCUGCUGGCCAAUAGGCUUUCAGUCUGAGCUGAUGCUGUGUUCCUAUUGGUGGGGGUGGUCCUGCCUCCCUCCGUGCUGUUGGUCCAGGUCGCUCUUGCAGUAUCUGAAUCUGGACGGAUCCGGAGCUGAGAGCGGACCGAACCUCUGCUGGUCCUGCUUUWAUUUUAAUUUUAAUUUUAAUUUUUUUGUUUCUCCCGCGGACAGCAGCAGCAGCCAUGGAUGAGAUGGAGGAAGAGUUGAAGUGUCCGGUGUGCGGCUCGUUCUUCCGGGAGCCCAUCAUCCUGCCCUGCUCACACAACAUUUGUCAGGCGUGCGCGCGGAACAUUCUCGUGCAGACCCCCGAGGCUGAGUCCCCUCAGAGCAGCCGAGCCUCCGGUUCUGCCGUGUCUGAUUAUGAUUACCUGGAUCUGGAUAAGAUGAGUUUGUACAGUGAGUCAGACAGCGGCUACGGCUCCUACGGGGGGUUUGUCAGCGCUCCCACCACCCCCUGCCAGAAAUCACCCAACGGGGUUCGGGUUUUCCCCCCSUCCGUACCCCAGCCUGCCCCCCAGCAGCACCUUCUCCUGCCCCACCCGGCCUCCUUACCCCCGAUCCCCCGCAACUCCUGCAUCACCUGCCCGCAGUGUCACCGCAGCCUGAUUCUGGACGAGCGGGGACUCCGCGGGUUCCCUAAGAACCGGGUCCUGGAGGGGGUGGUGGACCGGUACCAGCAGAGCAAAGCGGCCGCUCUGAAGUGUCAGCUGUGCGAGAAGAGCCCGAAGGAGGCCACGGUGAUGUGUGAGCAGUGCGACGUGUUCUACUGCGACCCGUGCCGCCUGCGCUGCCACCCGCCCCGCGGUCCGCUGGCCAAGCACCGCCUGGUUCCGCCGGCGCAGGGCCGGAUCAGCCGCAGGGCCAGUCCGCGCAAAAUCUCCACCUGCACGGAGCACGAGCUGGAGAACCUGAGCAUGUACUGCGUGCAGUGCAAGAUGCCUGUGUGCUAUCAGUGUCUGGAGGAGGGGAAACACGGCACGCACGAAGUCAAAGCUUUGGGCGCAAUGUGGAAACUGCACAAG